AUGGGUGACCUGCUCUACCAAGCCUACAUGAAAUGGCACCCCAUACCUCUCCCACCAGCCAACAGCUUCAAAGACCAAGCCAUCCUAGUAACCGGCGGGACCAGCGGCCUAGGCCUCGCAGCCGCCGUGCACUUCGUUAACCUAGGCGCAUCCGAAGUCAUAAUAACGAGCCGCAACGCAUCCCGCGCCAAGGCCGCCCUCGAAACCAUAGAAAAGGAGACGAAGGGCCGCAGUAGGGACCGCAUCCGCGUCCUGGAUCUCGACAUGAGCCGCUACGCCUCGGUCGUCGCGUUCGCGCACGAGGUUAAGAAAGUCAGGGCAGGAAAGGGGGGCAUCGAUUUCGCGGUGCUGAAUGCCGGUGCUAUCAAGGUGGAAUUCACGCUUGGCGAUGAGGGACGGGAGGAAAACGUACAGACCAACUCCUUAAGCACAGCGUUACUAGGCCUUCUCCUCCUGCAGUGGAUGAAGACAGAGCGUCCUAACCGCUCGGCACCUGCACAUCUAGCCGCCGUCGGGUCAUCGCAGCACUUGGCCCCGAAUAUCGAAGACUGGACAAAAUGGGCCGCAGAAACCGGCAUCCUGGAGCACUUCAACAAGCCCGAGAACUGGCCCGGGCCUAACCCCAUGUACGGCGCCACCAAGCUCCUGGCGCAGUAUGCCGUCAACGAGCUGGCACAGAUGGCACUAGGACCGGAUGGACGCCCAGAAGUCAUCAUAAACACCAUGUGCCCCGGCAUCGUGAGGUCCGACCUGCCGCGACAAUUCGUAGGCCAGGGCGUGGGCUACCGCAUCGCCAUCGCGAUAUACCUCGGAAUAUUCGGCAAGACAGCCGAGAACGGCGCGAGGACGUACGUGGCGACCGGGCUGACCAAGGAGACCGAGCAUGGCAAGUUUAUCCGGUUCUACGGUUCGGAAGCCGAGUAUCGAAAAAGAGCAGACAUAAUAUUGACAGGAGAAGCUGGCAGGAAAAUGCAAGCCCAAGUCUGGUCUGAGAUGAAGGCUGAUUUUAUCGCCAAAAUUCCUAACGCGAAGGAGGUAUUGGGAUUAUAG